ACGUGACACUAGCCGCUGCGCCGCCUGUGGUGCGUGGUUGCGUGCGAGUGUAGUUGGGGACCAACCGUGCGAUUGAUCCUGUGGUGUCAAAAAAUCGUCGGUUCUCCAGGGUUUGAUUUUUGUAUGCCGUCCGCGUGACCGCGGCCCGUGCCCGAGACACUUGCAUGUCAGCCCGCGUCGGCGUCGAGCACGCGAUCUAACUAUGAUCAAAUUAUUCUCGUUGAAACAAGCGAAAAAAGAUGGCGAGUCACCCAAGGCUGGCACCCAGAAGAAGGCGUCCGCGGCACAGCUGAGGAUCACGAAAGACAUAAACGAACUGAAUCUCCCGAAAACGUGCGGCACAGAAUUUCCGGAUCCCGACGAUUUGCUAAGCUUUAAAUUAAUCAUCUGUCCAGAUGAAGGAUUUUACAAAGGUGGUAGGUUCGUAUUUAGUUUCAAAGUCGGGCCCAAUUAUCCGCAUGAGCCACCCAAGGUGAAGUGCGAGACUCAAGUUUAUCAUCCUAAUAUUGAUUUGGAUGGUAAUGUGUGCCUCAAUAUUUUGCGAGAGGACUGGAAGCCCGUACUCACAAUUAAUUCCAUCGUUUAUGGUCUCCAGUAUCUCUUUCUAGAACCAAAUCCUGAAGAUCCAUUAAAUAAGGAUGCAGCUGAAGUUCUACAAAACAACAGAAGGGCUUUCGAACAAAAUGUAGCGAAAGCGAUGAGAGGUGGUUAUGUAGGAUCCUAUUAUUUUGAACGGUGUCUCAAGUGAUACAGUGCCUCACCGUCAAUACUGUACACGCUUCUCCAAGGACUCACUGUAGGUGAAGAGAUCCUAAACUAUGGAAUGAAUGUAGGACCGCAUGGUGUCCUCAUUGUCACUUGCGUGAUAACGUUAACAUAUUUACUUUCUUUGUGUCUUGCCAGGCCUAUAUACAUUUAAUUGGAGACAUAUUUUUUUUAGCGCAAAAAACCCGGGCGAUUUGAAUGCAUCGCGCGUUCAUUGUUUUCGAUGAAUUACCAAGAAUGUUUAUUGGCCAUGGCAUUAUUUUAGUGAAUUUGAAGUGCAGUGUUGAGGGGCUCGUAGAAUUAUAGUUUGACAUUUGGCAGAGAUAAUAGAUGUUACGAUGUGAUUUAAUUGUGUUCCAUAUAUUUACGAUUCUGGACCCGAAAUUGAAAAUUUUUGGAUCCUGAAUUUUU